GGAUGCGGGAGUCUCCAGAAAACGGGUGGGGGAAAAAACCCGAAUCAGACGGUAGAGAUGGUCGCUAACGGCUUUAAGUGGGUUUUUCAAAGGGGACGGAGCAUCAUGAGAAAAUAUGGCGUCUUAUUCCUGCUACUCGCUGAUGUUUUCUUCAAAUCUGCACAUGGGUACCUGAGCUCUGCGCAUGUGGGUCAAGAUCCUGCUUACACACCUCAGCACGGCCCGGCUGUCCCGGGUCCCGUCGGAUCAGCGGCACCAGCAGCAGCUGCCUCGUCUUCCUCCUCUUCAACAUCAAAGCCUCUGGCUGACAUUGAAAAUCACAAGGCAAGGUGUCCCAGCGGAGGACUGUGCAGUAAGUUACCAGCCGACUGCUUCACGUGCGCGUACCAUCACAACUGCAGCUACGGCAGGCCGGCCAAUUUCACCUGCAAGACCAAGAAAGAAAUUCACUGUGUGGACGCCUCAAAUCGGGAGCAGACCGUCUUUAACCUGACCGUGGAUUGUCAGUUUUGCUGGCAGCUCGAUCCAGCUCAGUAUCGCUGCAACAUUUCUACCACCUGCAUGACCGUGUCUUGCCCUCGCAAGCGCUACAACGCCACCUGCACCGUCCUGGACCACGUAAACUGCUUAGGAAAAAGGGAAUUUCAGAAGCGACUCUUCUGCAACUGGACUGGAGGAUAUAAGUGGUCCACAGCACUGACACUCAGCAUCACUCUGGGUGGGUUUGGAGCCGACCGUUUUUAUCUGGGUCAGUGGAGAGAGGGACUGGGCAAGCUCUUCAGUUUCGGAGGACUGGGCAUCUGGACCCUCAUCGACGUCCUCCUCAUCGCCGUGGGUUACGUGGGGCCUGCUGAUGGAUCUCUCUAUAUCUGAGACGUAAAGUGACAUUAUAUAGGCGUUGUUGUUUUUUUUGUUUGUUUGUUUGUUUUUUUCAGAGUGCACUGAAAGGCACAAAUGGCUAACACUCAGGUGAGAUUAAGCUUGAGCUGGUUUUCUCACCAAAACUAGGCUACAGGAAAACAUUAUUAUUGUGUUCAAGUAAAAACACAAGGUGUAGCUUAAUAUCCCCACAGGUGAAUGAUUUCAUAGCCGUCUGCAUGAUUCCCAGUCUUAGUGCACAUAUGAGAGUGCUCGUUGGUUACGAGCUAAAACGCACACACUCGGUUUGUGCUGAGCUGCAUGAAGAGGUGUGUGAGAUUGUAUUUCUCUGGCCCAUACAAAAAGACUCUGAAAGAUCCUCGGCCUCAGUCUCUCAGAGACAAACUGUUAUGCCACUUUCUAUCUUAGAGGUGCGUAAGUGUCUUCAAGUCUUCAAGAGCCAGGAAAAUGAGUUGUAACUGAGAAAAUGAGGGGGAAAAAAAAGACACCUGCGAACGUGCCCUUGGAUUCUUUUUGCCUUUUUUUUUAAAUGUUUAAAAGAAACAAAAACCUCAAGGUGUGCCAUUAUGCUGUUGCGCAGUAUGACAUGCCUUACGCAUUAAGCCGGUGUGUUUGUUGUAAUGUGUUUGUCUAGGCAGCAAUUGCAUUUAUACCACUAUUUAUUUUCUCAUUUCCUUUUUUUUUUUUUUGACCAAAUAAGCUCCUGAUAACAGCAAAUGGUUAUAUGACUAUCAAUUCUUAAGGUUCAUUAGGUUUCACUAAGCAAAUAUAUUCACUUUGAUGUGUUUUAAAGGACCAAGUGCAUAUGAUGCAUGAAUGGGGCGUAAUUAUAGAAAUAAACCAUGUGAAAAUCAGA